CUUCCAUUUAGAUAAUCAAUUAAUAUGGCUCCCCAAACCCGUGCAGCAGCUCUAUUAGCUGAAGAUCGUAGAAAAAGGCCUCGAGAACAUAUUACAACACCUACAAAAGCGAAAAUUAAGGGUGCUAUUGAGUAUAUUAACGAUACAAGACGUAUCGAUGGUUUUAAUCGGACUUACACUCACGCCGAUAUCUUCCGCCGUUAUGGUGUAUCCAAAACCAGAGGAUAUGAGUACGCCAAAGCGGAAACAGAGCGGAGGGAACGGAAUAUCCCUAAUCGACGCGAAACAAGAGGUCGACCGCCUAAAAUCACCGACGAAGAUAUCCAACGGAUGACCGAUAUCCUCGAGAGCGCUGACUGCGCCGAAGAACGAGCUAUUGAUUGGGAUACACUCGCGCUUGAGACCGGACUCGAUGUUUCUAGCCGAACAAUUCGUCGAGCUAUGGAAAAGCAUGGAUACUUCAAAUGCGUCGCGUGUCGGAAGCCGUACUGCAACAAACAGCUGGCCGAGAUGCGAUUGAACCGCGCGAAGCUUUGGCUCGAUAAGUAUCCGACUCCGGAUCACUGGAAAUAUAUCAGAUUUAGCGACGAAGUCCAUUUCGGGAUGGGGCCUCAAGGGAAGCUCGUUAUUAUCCGGAAACGCGGCGAACGGUACUGUCCCAAGUGUAUCCAACGCGUGGAGGAAUGGGACGACGCAGAGAAGCUCAAAGUCCACGCAUGGGCCGCGAUGACGCAGGACGUCUAUCUCAAGGAGAUACUCCAGACGGAAGUUCAGGAAUGGGUCGACCGUGGAGAUUUCUUCGUUUUAGAGGAGGAUCAAGACUCAGGCCACGCACCGCCGCGGUCAAGGAAAAAAGGCAAUGCCGUACAACAAUGGAAAGAGCAAAAUGGCGUACAUUCGUACUUUAAUUGCGCAGGAUCGCCGGAUCUUGCGAUCAUCGAGGACUGUUGGCAACCGACGAAGCAAUACGUACGGAAAUAUCGCCAUUUCAAUCCCGAAGAGACUCGUGAAUUAGCGAUCGAGGCCUGGGGAGAGCUUAAACAGGAAUGGAUUAAUAAACGGGUACUUUCUAUGCCUGAUCGACUUCGAAAGGUGAUCGAGGCUGGUGGUCAACUGAUUGGUUAUGGGGGCGGAUUGGCGGGCUAACCGCCGCAUUUUUUACCUAUAGACUGUUUGUAUAAGACUUAAUAACGUC